AUGACAAGCAAACCCAAGGUCCUCCUCCUAGGAGAAAUCGAACAUGCACACACCGCAUGGUCCCAAAUCGCAUCCAUCGCCACCGUCCUCACCCCCAAAGCCACCAACCGGACAGCCUUCAUCACCGAAUGCAAAUCCGGCGCCUUCGACGGCGUCAGCGUCGCCUUCCGAACCUUUGACUCCUUCAGCAUAACAGGCAAGAUUGACAACGAAUUAUGCGACGCGUUUCCCAAGACGCUCAAGUUCAUGUGCCACAACGGCGCCGGCUACGACCAAGUCGACAUCCAAGCAUGCACAGCCCACUCGAUCCGCGUGUCCAACACACCCACGGCCGUCGACGACGCCACCGCCGACGUCACAAUCUGGCUGCUCAUCGGCGCGCUGCGCAACUUCCCCGUCGGCAUGGCGGCCCUCCGCGCCGGCGACUGGCGCGGCACGACGCUCCCCAGACUCGGCCACGACCCGCAGGGCAAAGUCCUCGGCAUCCUGGGCAUGGGCGGCAUCGGUAGGAACGUGGCCGCCAAGGCGCGCGCCUUCGGCAUGGAGAUUCGGUACCACAACCGCUCCCGGCUGUCGCCCGAGCUGGAAGACGGCGCAGAGUACGUCCCCCUUGAGAGGCUCCUGGCCGAGAGCGACGUCCUGAGCCUCAAUCUUCCUCUAAACCCUCACACUCGGCAUACCAUCUCCACGGACCAAUUCGCCCUCAUGAAGACCGGUAUUGUUAUUGUAAACACGGCCCGCGGGGCAGUCAUGGAUGAGGACGCGCUUGUCAAGGCCUUGGAUUCCGGCAAAGUCGCCAGCGUGGGUCUAGACGUGUACGAGGAAGAGCCCAAGAUUCACCCUGGUCUGAUUGACAAUCCAAACGUGCUUCUUGUUCCGCACAUGGGGACGUGGACAGUCGAGACGCAAACCAAGAUGGAGGAGUGGACUAUUAGCAAUGUCAAGCUGGCACUUGAACAAGGUGCCCUGAAGAGCAUUGUCCCCGAGCAAAAGGAUAUGGCCUAG